AUGAUACCGAGACCAGUACUAAUUGGACCCGUACUACGAUAUCGGGUCCUCCCGGUUACAAGAAUGAUAAGCACGAGAUCAAGUCUUGGUGCUAAACACUUUUUGAAAAAGGAUCUCAGGUCAUCAAAUAAAAACCACAUUAUAGAGGAACCUAAACCUUAUAAGGAUCCCAAGAUUCAACUUAUUUACAAUGAGAUAGCCACGUAUUUAUCUGCAGACGCCGAUAAAAUGCCUAAUAAUAUCAAAAGUAAGAUUCUACAAAGAAAAAUGAUUUCAUUAUUGUCAUUAGAUGGAGUACAGGAAAAAAGUGAAGUUAUGGAAGUGUUGGAAUUAGUGGUGAACAAUGGACUUAAGAAACAGAUCCCAUUAGAAAUCUCAAUAUUAGUAUUUAGCAAGUAUUUCAAUGAGAUAAUAGAGAGCGGUUCUACUUUUGCAAAUUCAGUCGUUAAAUCGUUGCUUUCAAAUAUAGAUAAAUUACCAACUGCAACGGUAAUCCAAUUGAUUGACUACACACAAGACAAAAACGUGGCAGAUUUGAGUGUCAUCUUGAAAAGCUUGCAAACAAAAGUUCAAUAUAACGAUUUCAUUGAAGAAUAUUUAUUCCAUUUGAAAGAAACUGGUAAAUUCAAUUUGAAGACAUUCGAGGAACUAAUUAUGUUGAAUGAAAUACAUGAUAGUUUGAUUACAUAUUUAGACGAAUACAUUCAGCUCCUUUUUGAAGAUAAUAUUCCUGAGGUUCAUUGCUACACUAAUUUGGAGUAUAAUUUGGACAGAAUUCAAAUGUUGUUGAAUAAUUUGAUUGAAAAAGUGGAUUUUAAAGAUAUUGCCGUUGAAUCUGUAAUAAAAUUGUUUAAAUUAAACUGGGAAAUCUUGUCGGCUAAUAGAUGCGAGGCAUCGGCCAGGAAUGGGGACAAAAUUUUAAAUUAUGUGCAAGAUAAAGUAGAACCGGUAAAAAGCUUCAUUUUUAGACAAAAUCUAGAUGACGAAUCCUUGCUUGAAAUAAUACUAUUCUCGGGUUGGAGCUAUCCCAGUAAGGCUUUGGCUAAAGAAGUUUCAAAUUUUGUUAUUGCAGACGAUGUAAAAUUUUCCCCAUAUGUAAGGUUUCAACUGGAGAUUUACUGUUUGGCUCAUUCAAAUUUGCCUGAACAAGAAUUGUUGGGUCAAAUAAUCAAUAAAACACCACAAAAUUUGGAUACAGACCUAGUUUGUGAAAAGGUAAUACAGGCAUUAAUGACAUCGGACAUACCUCCAACUGCUUCUAUUCUUGACAAGAUAAUUUCGGGAUUGGCCGUUGAGCAAUCCGUCUACUCAUAUAAAUAUAGAAUUGAUAAAGCAAUUUCAAACAAUGAUCACGAGCUGGCCUUGAAGUUGUACAACCGAAGCAUCAGCAAUGUUACACAAUGGUCAGAAUAUACACAUGAUCCAUCCAUUGUACUCACGUUGAACAAUUUAAUACAAUGCUUGGUCAAUAAUCUACCCAUGAAGGAAGCGUUUCCUUUAUUUCAAAACGUUAAAGCUCAGUUACAAAAGGAAAUAAAUAUUGAUACAAUAAACGCAAUUGUUCCAAAAAUUCUACAAGAAGAUAUGACAGGUGAUAUAAUUGAAUUAAUGAAUAGAGAGUUGCCUAAAAUUCCUAAGGACCUGCCAAUUAAGUUACCUAUGGAACAGCCUUUUGGGUAUAAAUAUUAUCAGUUGUUUGAUACCAUUCAUGAGUACUGUAUAACAAAUACCAAAGAUAAACGUAUGGUGAAUAACUGGUAUUUGUACACACAUUGUUACAAUUAUUUUUUUAUUCCACAUGAUCGGAUAUUACCCACAAUGAAAUUUUUUUGUGAAAAUGAAAGAUGGAACGGUGCAUUGAGAAUAUUUAAAAAAGUCAUUGAAAUGUCACAGUUACAUGGUGAACACAAACACAAGCCUCCUACACGUGAAAUGUACCUAUAUUUGAUCAACGAAUUUGGUGACAAAUUGUACGAAGAUGGGGUGAUUGAAGUUCAUGAAUUAUUGAAAAUGGACCUCAAUCUAGCAAAGCAAGACAAGGAACUACAGCAUAGUAUUAUGAAUGCUUACUGCAACUUGCAAGAGGUUGGUAAAGUACGAGACCUUUUCUUGUCAAUGAGCUUGGAACCUAAGGAAUCGGGUGGAGUUGAUGAAACAAGCGCAACGAUAAUGAUUAAAGCAUAUACGUAUAAUGACUUGAUUUAUGUUAAGAAAUUUUGGGAUAAUCUCUCAAUGUUUGGAUUGGUCCCAGAUUAUCAAAUGUUCAAGCAGUACUUGAUUGCUUAUUCGUAUCAUGGGUGCAUUGAAAAAUCAAUUGAGAUAGCAGACUCGAUUCAGGAUUAUGAGCUAGAAUUGACGAGUGACUUGCUCACCAGUAUGCAUAAUUUCUGCUAUCAAAUUGAGGGUCAAGAAAAGUUGAAAACCUGGGCUCAAUCAAAUCAUCCAGAAAUUUGGCAACAAGCUGUGGAAUCAGGAAAACUAAUUGACGCCUCGGGAUAUAAACCGAAUGAAAACUUUCUUGUUGCGGGAUCAAGUAGUGAUCCAAAACAUAUAUCCGAACCAAUAUUUAAAUAG